AUGUUUGCCAUCCCACGUCCUUUCUUUGCGUGAUUUUCGCGGGCAGACGACGCGGAUGCGACACCGAGUUGAUGUAGAGGGUGGCUAAGGCAGUGCUGACAACGAGGGCGGCCGUAGCCUUCCAAAGUUCAUGCUAACACGUAAAUGGCUGUAGACUGCAGAUUUGUUACCACUGGGCAUCACUCAGAAUCAGCCCAAAUAUGACCGAAGUCGCCCCAGUGCAAGACCCAGCCCAGGAGGAGCGCAGCAGAGUAGAGCAAGUUGUCGCGACCAAGGCAUAUGUGAGGAAUCCUGAGCUACUACCAUGGUACACGAAGGAACUCGAAGAGCCAAGUCCGGAAACGCGAGAUCUGUUUGAAAAGUACAGCAAGGUACCACCAGCGGACAUCGUCACGCAUAUCAAACGUGUGAGAGAUGAAGCAUUCUCAGUAUUUCCGUAUCCCUGCCUGGGAAACUGGGGUUUUCUGAACUUCUCCAUUGAGAAGAACCCGGCCUACCAAGAAGUUCUCGGUCGCAUCAAGAACGGGGAGCAAUUCCUUGACCUUGGAUGCUGUAUGGGCCAGGACAUCCGCAAACUGGUCCACAACGACGCCUCCUCCGAAAACACGUUCGCUUCCGAUGUCAAAACAGACUUCUGGGGCUUUGGCUAUGAUCUAUUUCUCGACAAGUCAACUCUGCAGACACAAUUCAUGGAAGCCGACAUCUUCGACGCCGACUCCGAGCUGAAGCAGGUAGACGGUAAGAUCGACAUCAUCAAUGCCGCCUCAUUCUUCCACCUGUUCGACUUGGACGAUCAGGUUAAAGCUGCUAAGCGCGUUGUUCAGCUGUUGAAGCCAGUGCCUGGCAGCCUCAUCGUUGGAAGACAGGGUGGCAGGCCUGAAGCCGGUAGCUUCGCACACCUUAUGAAAGAGAAGAGCGCUUUUUGGCACAACCCAGAAUCCUGGGCGGGGAUGUGGAAGCAGGUUGGGGAAGAGACUGGAACGGAAUGGAAGGCUGAAGCUGUACUUGGUCAAGAAGAUCUAUCCAAGAGGAUGAAGACGAAGCUUGUGCCUCCGGGUACAAGAUUCAUGACCUUUACUGUCCGUCGGGUGUAGGAAUUUUCUGUAGGGGUAAUAUUCGGUAUUGAUAGAUGCAAUCAUUAGCCCAC